AUUCCCCAAGCUCCCUUGCUCUUCUCUACUGCAUUCUUUCUCUCCCCUCCUUCAUCCAAUCUCUCUCCUCUUUCUCAGAGCCAUGUGCGGCAUUCUAGCUGUUCUUGGUUGCUCCGAUGAUUCCCAGGCCAAGAGAUUUCGAGUUCUUGAGCUCUCUCGCAGGUUAAAGCACCGUGGUCCAGAUUGGAGUGGAUUGUUCCACCAUGGAGAUUGUUAUCUAUCGCACCAGCGGCUUGCAAUCAUCGAUCCUGCUUCAGGAGACCAACCUCUGUAUAAUGAGGACCAGAGCAUCGCUGUGACGGUUAAUGGUGAAAUUUACAACCACGAAGUGCUUAGAACUCAAUUAUCGAACCACAACUUCAGAACUGGAAGUGAUUGCGAGGUUAUUGCACAUCUGUAUGAGGAACAUGGUGAAGAUUUCAUUGACAUGUUAGAUGGUGUUUUCUCUUUCGUUCUGCAUGAUUCAAAAGACAACAGCUUUAUUGUUGCUCGUGAUGCAAUUGGUGUAACCCCCCUCUAUAUUGGAUGGGGACUUGAUGGAUCUGUCUGGAUUUCUUCAGAAAUGAAAGGGCUUAAUGAUGACUGUGAACAUUUUGAGCUAUUCCCUCCUGGCCAUCUCUACUCCAGCAAACAAGGUGGACUUAGGAGAUGGUACAACCCAAUUUGGUUUGCGGAAUCCAUUCCUUCAUCUCCAUUUGAUCCUCUUGUCUUGAGGAAGGCUUUUGAGAAUGCUGUCAUUAAAAGACUCAUGACAGAUGUUCCCUUUGGGGUCUUGUUAUCUGGUGGAUUAGAUUCUUCAUUGGUUGCUUCUGUCACUGCUCGUCACUUGGCCGGAACAAAAGCUGCCAAACAAUGGGGUUCUCAACUCCAUACAUUCUGCAUUGGAUUACACGGAUCACCUGAUCUGAAGGCUGCAAAAGAGGUUGCUGAGUACCUGGGCACUUUCCACCAUGAGUUUCACUUCUCAGUGCAGGAUGGCAUAGAUGCUAUUGAGGAUGUUAUCUAUCACGUUGAAACAUAUGAUGUUACCACCAUCAGGGCAAGCACCCCUAUGUUUCUCAUGUCACGCAAAAUAAAAGCUUUAGGGGUGAAGAUGGUGCUUUCAGGGGAGGGUUCUGAUGAGAUUUUUGGAGGAUAUUUAUACUUCCAUAAGGCACCAAACAAGGAAGAGUUCCACCGAGAAACUUGCCAGAAGAUAAAAGCUCUUCAUCAAUAUGACUGUUUGAGGGCAAACAAAGCAACUUCAGCAUGGGGCCUCGAAGUUCGUGUCCCAUUUCUGGACAAAGAAUUCAUCAAAGUUGCAAUGAGUAUCGAUCCAGAGUGGAAAAUGAUCAAGCCUGAUCUUGAGAGAAUUGAGAAAUGGGUGGUGAGGAAAGCUUUUGAUGAUGCGGAGAAUCCCUAUCUGCCCAAGCAUAUACUCUACAGGCAAAAGGAACAGUUCAGUGAUGGAGUUGGUUACAGUUGGAUUGAUGGACUUAAAGCUCAUGCAGCAGAGCAUGUAACCGACAAAAUGAUGCUUAAUGCCGAACAUAUUUUCCCACACAACACACCCAACACAAAAGAGGCCUACUAUUACCGCAUGGUGUUUGAAAGAUUUUUCCCUCAGAACUCUGCAAGGCUGACUGUACCUGGAGGGCCAAGUGUUGCCUGUAGCACGGCGAAGGCCAUCGAGUGGGAUGCUCAGUGGUCGAAGAACCUCGACCCGUCCGGCCGAGCUGCUCUUGGUGUUCAUCUCUCAGCUUAUGAUCCACAAGAGUCAAUUACACUUGCUGCAGGGAAGGGCUCUACUAAGGUCAUUAAUAAGAAACCAAGGAUGGGAAAUAAUGUGGCUCCAGAACUAAUUGUCAAUUCUUGAUGCCCUGCGUUGCGCAGAGUUCUUAAGAUUUGGUUUAUAAUAUGUUUUUUAUUAAGUUUUCAAUAUUUUUAAUGAAUGUAAUUUUGCUGUGAGCCUUGAUUGUGAAUGUGCUUCUCUAUUUUAAUGAUGAAA